AUGAAGGGCCCGGCGGUUACGUCCCAUCCGCAGGCCCACACACAAGCACUAGACGGCCCGGCCCGGUCUGACCACCAUGAAGGGCCCGAGAGCUUCGCAUGCCCGGUCUGCACCCAGCCUUUCUCAUCUGCCAAAUCCGUCCACGGGCACAUGUGGAAGCACCGGGACAGGGGUUGGAGGGGCAUGAGGCCUCCCCGACACCACCACGUCCUCCCACUCGGGCCCCACAGCAGUAACGGGCAGCCGAAACUGCUGACCCUGCCCGGCUGGCCCAGGCAGUCGGGCAGACAUGCGAAAGCACUGGGGAACGGCGGAGGCAUCGAUAUCUCGAUUUCACAAGAGCAAGCAUCGACUGGCGGGGGAAGUGGGGCCCACAAGAGGCUGUACGCGUGCAGUGUGUGCGGAAGGAGCUUUAAGAGCUACCAGGCCUUUGGGGGCCACAGAUCGCAUCACGUCAAGAUGGAGAAGAUUAGGUCGUCAUCCGUGGACGAUGAUGGUGUGGAGUCCGUGGGUGUAGCAUCUAAUAGUUGGGCGAUUGUGCCGUAUGUAGGGCCCGCAAUUUUCAAUCAGGUGCAGUCAGCAGGUGAGGUGCCCGGUGACCACGAGCAAGAGGAGGAGCGUGCACGGGUUUUGUGGAUUGAUCUUAACGAGCGACCGCCUGAAUGGAUCGAAUGA